AGGGAUAAUAUGGUGUUUUUGAUAAAGGGGGCAUUAAAUGUGACAAGAUAAUUUUAUGGUAUAACAUUAUCAAAGGACGAUUUUCUCAUUGUUGUGUCGGUGUUAAUCUGAAAGAUGAAUGCGCUACGUGUUGGAGAUAUUGUAGUUUUAGUUUGUACUCUCGUUAGUGCAUCACCCGUAUCAAAAAAUGAUUUAAAUUUCAUGAAGAAGGUAGAUCCAGAUGCCUAUAGAAAUGUUUCACAGUUAAUAACAAGUAAGGGGUAUCCUUUCGAAGAACAUUCAGUGGUGACAGCAGAUGGUUACAUUCUUGGUUUACACAGAAUUCCUCCAAAGCAUAGCUCAGUUGUCGGAACUAAUGGCAGCAAUCCUGUCGUUUUGCUUCAACAUGGACUGUUGUCAUGUUCUGCGUGCUGGGUGGAAAAUCUUGCCAGUCAGAGCCUCGGUUUUAUGUUGGCUGACAGAGGCAUCGAUGUCUGGAUGGGAAACAGUAGAGGAAACACAUACUCAAAACGACAUAAAACAUUAAAACCUGCAGAUGAAAAAUUCUGGAACUUUACAUGGGACGAAAUGGCAAAAUACGAUCUUCCUGCCACAGUAGACUACAUAGUGAAUACAACCAAUAGCAGUCAGAUAUAUUAUGCCGGUCAUUCUCAAGGCACAAUGAUUAUAUUCGCUGAAUUAGGACGAAAUCCAACACUAGCUUCUAAAAUAAAACAUUUCUUUGCUCUUGCACCUGUGGCUACUCUUGGGGACGUCGGAGGACCUUUUAAGGCAGUGGCUCCGUUGGCAAAAGACCUUGAUAUAUUAUUUAAUCUGCUCGGGAAAGGAGAAUUGUUACCAACAUCUGACUUCAUUCGUUUAAUUGGACAUGAUUUCUGUGGAAACAACCUCGGAAGUAUUGUUUGUGAAAAUUUUCUUUUCUUUCUUGCUGGCUAUGACUCAAAACAGAUGAAUCGGACAAGGAUACCAGUCUAUGUCGAAGAACAUCCAGCAGGAACAUCGGUUAAAAAUCUUCUUCACUAUGGCCAGAGCGUUUUGAGUGGAAAAUUUCAAAUGUUUGAUUACGGUUCUUCCAAGGCCAAUAUGGAACACUAUAAUCAGACCACAGCUCCGUUAUAUGACGCCAGUUUAAUGAAGAACAAUGUAUCCCUAUACACGGGUGGACAUGACAUCCUAGCGGACCCCAAAGACGUCAAACAGCUGAUAAAAAAGCUUCCGAACGUUUACCGUCAUACAGAUAUCACCACUUACGAACAUCUGGACUUUAUCUGGGCCAUAGAAGCCAAUAGGCAAUGCUAUGAUGAUAUCAUUAUGACAAUUUUAUCACAUGAAAAUCACUGAAUGUACAACUUUCCAUGUGUGCGUUUUGUGUUUAUUUUGCGUUGCGCAAACCUAAUGAUUAUUGAAUCGGAAAAAAAUCCUUUAUAAGUAAUGUACAAGUAGCCUUAGAAUCUAAUUCCUGAUUCCUAAUUCCUAAUUCGUUUCAGUACAUUUUCAUAGCAUAUAGAAUCAUAUAAUUUCAAAUCAAUAAGUGAAAUCACAAACAUUACAAUUCAUAUUCCACAGUGUGGGAACGGAACUGUACGGUUUUGUAAUGUUUUGGUCAUUCGGGAGACUGUCAAUCGGGGCCCCGCCAUUCGAAACAAUAACAAGUUGCUUGAUGGAAAGUUUGAUGAACUCAAAUGUUACUAUAUAACGUUUCUGCUGCAAGUUUUGGUAAUCAAAACAUUCUAUAUGUAAAUAUGAACCAAUAAAAUAAUAAAAAUGACAUAUGCAUCCAAACGUUUUCCUUAGAAUGGUGGAGCUCCCAGUAAGUCGAUCAAAACUGUCACGGAGCAGCGAUCAAAAAUGUUAAAUAAACAUCGAAAAACCCAUCGUUACUACCAGAAUUUUCACAUGUACCUUUUCUGAUAUAUAGUCUUACCUGUCUGAAAGUUUAAAAGCCAUUGUCCCAGUAGAAAUCCAAAUAUAUUCAUUUUCUAAAUGUCGGAUAUUUUAAUUGACUGUACAAUCGCUUGCAAGUUUACUGUACAAUCACUUGGAGCUAUCCUGUACAAUCGCUUGGCCAACUUUGGUUAACAAAAAUUGAAAGGAAGUAGAAAUAUCUUAAUUGGCUUGAUUUGUUUGACUCGUAAUUAAAUGUUCUAUAUAAAAACUGGCUUAGCACUGAUAUUUUCGAUUGCAGGUUAAAUUAAAGCACAAAUGUCAUUACAAUUAUUUUGUAUCAUCAUAUUUUCGUGAUACAUAGCUUUAAAAACAUAUUUUAUUUGAAAUAUAUGAAACACAAAAUAUGAUUGCAGUUAUACACAAAGAGAUUGAGAACAAUGUUGCUCUUAUAUCAAUCUCCCUGUUAAAAGAUAAAAGGAAAUGACUGCUUUUUAAAUGGUUAAAACGUGACAUUAGGAUAUGUGUUUCAAUGCUGUUCCAAAUCGGAGAUAAAGUCUAUUAAAGAGGAAUUCAUUAUAGGCCAAAAAGUAAAUUGAUAUUUUAAUGGAACAUAAUAGUUUCUAGUGUUUACGUUUUGGGCAUAUGAAUAAUUAUGACACUCAAGUAGGAAAUGCUUACUGUUAUCUAUUCUGCAACAUUCAUGAACAGUUUUUUCUUUCAAUGAGAUUUAUGUCAUAUAAAUGUUCAUUAAAAACUACUGCAAUCCAAUGCAACAUAAUAUAUAUGUCUGGCAUGAGUUUGUUUUCCUUGUUCUGUAAUGAUUUAAUAACAGUUAUUUGGUAUUGUUAUCAAUUUUUUUUUAUUUAAGCCUCAAUAACACAUUCGAAAGUCUCACUAAUGUGUGAAGGUUUUAUUUUUAAUUAAUGGAUGCAGUCUGCAUUAGCGGAUCCGGUGUGCGGGGGAGGGUGUUCUGGUGGUUGAAACCCCAUUUUUUUCGAUUUUAUUUAUUUUGUGAAAGUUUCAUGAUGUUCUAUGGUUUGGAUCACCCUUUGUUCAGAAAGGAUGGAUCCACGUCUCGUAUGCUAUCGUCAAUGAUAGUUUUACGUGAUGAAAUGAUCAUUCAAUUGAUUUUUUUAUAGUUUGGUCUUGUGUGCUGUAACACCAGUUUUGGGGAGGACUGAGCGCACACAAAAAUAUUUAACCCGCCACUAUCUUUAUGUGCCUGUCCCAAGUCAGGAGCCUGUAGUUCAGUGGUUGUCGUUGGUUCAUGUCUGUCUUUUUUUGGGGGGGGGG